CAAACCUUGAUUAGUGAAAACAGAUGGGUGUUUCACUACAAGACUGUAGAUAUUUUCUAUAUUCAUCAGAUUAGUUUGACCGAAAAAAAGAGAGACUACACACAUUUUCUCUCUCUCUUUUUUUUUUGGGUCAAACAUACACAUUUUCUCUUUUAAGAACUUUAAACAGCUAUGGAAGAUCCAUUACUGGUAAAGGCUAAGCAAGAAGAAAACAAGAAGAUACGAUGGGAGAAGUUGAAGAAAGUUGCUUCCAUGGCGGCUCCAAUGGUGAUCGUAAACAUAUCUCAAUCCCUUCUUCAAGCCACUUCUACAAUGAUCGUUGGCCACAAAAACGAGAUCUCCCUCGCUGGUAUCUCUCUCGCCAGCUCCAUCGCUAACGUUACCGGCUUUAGUCUCCUGGUUGGACUAGCGGGUGCAUUAGAAACACUAUGUGGUCAAGCCUUUGGAGCUCGUCAGUACGAGAAGCUUGGUUUAUAUACUUUUACUUCCAUUGUUUCUCUUCUCAUCAUAUGUUUCCCAAUCUCUCUUCUAUGGAUUUUCAUGGAGAACCUUUUGUUAUUCUUUCACCAAGACCCCAAAAUAUCGGAGAUAGCUUCUGUUUACUGCCUUUGGCUCAUACCCGCUUUAUUCGGUUACUCUGUUCUACAAUCAUUGAUUCGCUACUUUCAAACACAAAGCAUGAUUUUCCCAAUGGUUAUCACUUCUUUAACCGUUCUAUGUUUCCACCUACCGGUUUGUUGGGUACUGGUCUACACUUUAGGGCUUGGAACCAAAGGUGCAGCCUUAUCUAUUAGCAUUUCCUAUUGGCUUAACGCCGGUUUGCUAUGGCUUUACAUGAGACAUUCUCGAGUUUGCGAAGGCAAACGGGUUUUAAUAUCGAUGGAUGCGUUUGGUCACAUGAGUAUCUUCUUCUCCUUAGCGGUUCCUUCUGCUAUAAUGGUUAGUCUUGAAUGGUCAGCUUUCGAGAUUUUGAUUCUUAUCUCGGGAGUAUUGCCAAACUCAAAGCUAGAGACAUCUGUGAUCUCCUUGUGCGUGACAACCUCUUCUUUGCACUACAAUCUAGCAACUGCUAUCGGUGCUGCCGCAAGCACGAAUGUAGCUAACGAACUAGGAGCUGGAAACCUAGUCGCAGCUAAAGCUUCUGCGAUUGUCGCAAUCAUGAUUGCAGCUGUUGAAUCUUCUGCCGCAAGCUUUGCUCUGUUCAUGUCACGUCAUGUUUGGGGCUACGCUUAUAGUAACGUACCUGAAGUGAUACGUUACGCUGCAGAAAUCACACCGAUUCUUUGCAUUUCUAUUGUUAUGGACAGCUUGUCAGCCUCGCUAACCGGGAUUGUGAGAGGAAGUGGUAAACAGAAGAUUGGUGCGUAUGUGAAUAUCGCUGCGUUUUACAUUGUUGGGAUUCCAAUUGGACUAGUCUUCUGCUUUGUUCUUGACUUCAAAGUUAAAGGUCUUUGGAUUGGUGUUCUCUCAGGAUGCACUCUGCAAACUCUCACAUUAUCUCAUUACUACAUUCACCAAAUGGACCAAUGUGGUAUGAUUGAGGCCUCCAUUGUUUUAGUUUUUUAAAUGCCAAUUUUUUUGCUGUUGUGUAUUCAUUAAAUCAUUUUGUAAAGGUUUCUGAUUGAUCACAGAAUGAUUAAAGAUAAAUUAAAGCUAAAUUUCUGCAAAUUUCAAUGCAUUUCAGUAUUAUUUAACAUCA